AUGUCGUCCCCCGAAGCUGUUCAACCUCUUUUCACCCGCUCACCUUUGAUCUUCCCCCCUCACACUCAAACCCAGCAUCAGAAUCAGGAUCAAGCUCUGUUCGUCACUUCACCUAUAUCCACUUCCCCUCCUCCGGCCUCGGACUUACCCACGAAAUCUCGCGGUGGUUAUCAAUCGUCUACAUUCACUUCCACCCAAUCUUCACCAGUAUUCGAAACUCUCUCUUUCGAAAAGAUAAAAAUCCCUUCUUCUACAACAGCUUCCACUGACUCUGAGGCAUUCUCAUCCGACUACGCUUCCAAUUCCAAUAUCCAAUCUCCCUCGUUGAUCAGUUGUUUGUUCCAAUCUACGUCGAUCGUAGCGGGAAACACCAAUAAUCAUAGUCGAAAAUACUCCAAUUCAACCACUACUUCACCAUAUCCUAGUCGACCACCUUCCCGGAAUGGCUCUUUGACAAAAGGAACUGGCUCGAAACCAAUUUUAAGGAGAGAUACGAUGAUGUCUCAUUCUACUUCUGCCAGUGAGGAUGGUUUCGGAUUGGGUAUACGACAAUUACCAUUAGAUCGAUCUCGACCUGCUACUAUCGACGGACAGGCUCCUACAGCCACAGCAGCACCGGCACCGGCACUGAGGAAAAGACCAUCAUGUUUGACUUUCGCUGUAUCUUCACCCACACCUAGAUCUAGUGGUAAUGCCAAAGCUGGACCGAGUCGAUCUACUUCCGCAUCGCCCACUUCGUCAUAUACUAAUGGUAAAAUGGCGAGAAGUCCCUGUAUCAAACCCAACUGGAGCAAAGUCAGGGGCCAGGUAGAACGUGAGAUCCAAGAAGACGAGGAAGAGGAAGAUGAAGAUGAAGAAGAUGAUGAUGGUGAUGAUGUUAUGGUGGAUUCUCCUUUGCCUAUUCCAGGACAUGGGGAGAGUGAUGAAGAGGAUCAAGGAUAUGUGGAAGAUGAGGAAGAUGGUUUUACGACAGAUGAAGAUCAAGAUGACGAUGAAGUGAAUGGAGGUCGAGAUAGAUUGUUCGGAAAUUGGAAUACAGUUGAAUGGAAUGAAGAGUACCUCAUUACCACACCUAAAAGAAGGAAUACCGACUUUGCCAAUAUGGUGCCCGCUCAUCCAAUGACGUCGACCGACGACAAUGACAUUCGUGAUCCUUCACAUGAGAAUAUAGUUAGUCCAAGAGGAAGGAAAACUUCUAUCUGUAUAAACACAAAUACGAAACCGUCUUCGAACAGAUGUACGAGACAUCGAUCACCCCCACCUCCCACCCGAUCAUCUUCCACAUCUUACAUCUCCGCUCCUCCUGCUGCGCGAUCUCCGUCGGCCGCUGGCUUAUGCAGAAGAAGAGGUUCAGGUUCGGUCGAACAUCCUCAUCAAAGUCAAAUUUUUACCAGUUCCAAGAAAGGUUGGAAAUCGGACGAUUCGGCGUUUUUCUCAACUGGACCACCGAUAAUGAAAACCAAUUCAUUCAAGUUACCUUCUGCUUCUGCCGCUGGAUUUACUGGGUAUUCAAGGAAAUCGUCAUUACCUACACCCAAAUUAGAAGAUAAAUGCUAUCGAUCCAAUUCGAGUACAAGAUCAAUCUUAAAACAUAGUGAGAAUGAAGGGAAAACCAAAGUCAAAGCGGAAUCACAACCUAUGAUUAGAUCUUCGGGCGAGAAUAAGAUGAAGAUUCCACCUAAAACACCUCCUUUGACCAAUGAUAAUAAUAUCAUGGUCGUACCGAAUACGAAUAUGAAUCAUAUUGGCUCAGUGAAUCUUUUAAGAAGGGGUUCAGCACCUGUCACUACCCUAAAGAAGGAUACAGAACACUUGGGUGUGGGUGUGGGGAAUAGACCGAAUUGUCUGGCUAGGAGUGCGACGGGUUAUGAGCGCGAGGAGGAGAUGGGUGGAUAUCAUCAUCAUCAUCACAAAGGAAUCAGGAUACUUUAG